UGUCCCUUUCCACCUACCCAACGGUGAUUUCACUAGAGACGUAGGGGAACGAUGGGAAAAGAGCUUUAUUAAAGUGAUAAAGACCUCGUCUACUCGGUACUGUAUGUCCAUGGCGUGAUCCUGAUCUUCGACAGUGUCAUUCGUGAAGUGAAGUGCUUUAUCUUAUUUCAGCCUAACACAUUUGUAAAUGACUACUACAGCUUCAUCUCCAGCCAUCAAUCCAUGGAAAGAACCAAACACAAUGACUAUUGAGGAGAACACAACCGAAGACUUGUUAGCUACUGGAUGUCUUCUUGAUGAAAAGUUGAAAUCGGCACAAAUUCAAAUAGGAGAAAAUGAAAAGUUGAAGGAACAAUGCCUUCAUCAAUUAAGAGAAUGGAUUAGUCAAAACAGAGAUAUUGAAUACAUUCCAAUAGAUGACAACUUCUUGAUAAGGUUCCUGAGAUCAAAAAAAUACAGUUUGUUCCUGUCUCAACAGAUGAUCUUGAAAUAUAUGAAUUUACGGAAAAAGUUCUCACAAUAUGCCCCUGAUAUGGAUUUCCAGAAGACUGAAGUGGAUGAACUUAUAAACACAGGAUUCAUCUUUGCCAGUCCUUUCCGUGAUUCUGAAGGAAGAAGGGUAAUCAUUUAUAAUAUUGGUAAAUUUGAUCUCCACAAAUUCACCAACGUAGAUUUUGGAAGGCUUUUUACAAUCACCUAUGAAGCAGUAAUGGAGGAUGAGGAAACACAACUACUUGGUGUGAAUCACGUGGUUGAUUUAUCUGGAAUGUCUGCAGCUUUCAGCACUCUAUUCACUAUCACUGAAUUUACAAGAAUAAUUAUCUGGGGAGAGCAAUCAUAUCCAAUGAGUCAUAAGCAGAUCAAUAUGCUGAACGUUCCCACAGCAUUGAGGUACAUUUACGAUUAUGCUGUUUCCAUGAUGAGCAAAAAGCUGAUGCAAAGAUUCAUCAUCCAUACUUCUAAAUCUUCCCUUUUGGAGAACGUUGAUAAACACUGUCUACCACAAGAGAUGGGUGGAGUUAUGCCAAUGUCAGAAAUGAUAAAGCUUUGGAAAGAGGAACUGAAGCAAAAGCGAAACAGAUUGCUCUCCCUUGAGAAGAUUCAUUUACUGAGCGAUCAAGGAAUCAUAAGUAGAAAAAAUAUUGCAGAACACAUGAAUAAUGCAGAAUCACAAGGAAUCUGUGGAAGCUUUAGAAAGCUUGAAGUUGAUUAAUCAAAGCUGCAUGGGAUUCAAUUACUUCGUUUUUUCAAUUCGUCAUAAUUGUUUGAUUUUCAAAUUCAUCUUGUGAAACGUAGAUCAAUCCAAGGAAUCUUAUUAUAUUUCAUAUUCCGAUGAAAAACUCAUUAAUGUAUGGUAAGCCUUAGUUGUCUAGCUGUUUUCGUGUAUAUUCUUGUUAUGUUGUUUAUCAAAAUCGUUAAUUUUGAUUAAUUUUUUUAUUUAGUUAUAGUGAACUCGAGUAAUAAUCUAGUUUUAAUAAUAAUUUUCAUAUUAGAAACAUAUUGAUCUUUUCCAAUAGAAAUGUCCGAUAUAGAAACCACAACGUCAUCACACUAUACGGUUUUUAAGGAAAGUAUUUCAAUUUGAAUGUAUUUUUUAUUAAGAUGAAAAUCUUUUAUGUUCUUAUUUUAUUCAUUUAUAAUAAUAUAUAAUAUUAUACUUAUUUGAAGUUUUAAUUUAUUGAUCUUUUCUCCCAUAGGGCAAAUUCCCAAAAUAGACAAAUAAUUAAAAAUACAUAUAUUUCGUCAUUAAGAAUGUAAAAAAAUACAAUUUGUAAAAGUCAUGACACAAUAUUGAUAAAAAAUACUCUAAAAAAUAAAAAAAAAUCAGUCAUCGACACUUAGUAUUCCAGAAUGUAGACUGAAUACGAUCAGUAAUUUCUUUAAGAUGCGGACUUUCUUCAGGCCUGGUCAGGACCCGAAAGCAGCGUUUGAGUUUGUGAUGUGAGAUCGAAAGGUUUAUCAAAACGAAAAGCUGUUCUUCAAGGGCAGACACAUCUGUUUUGCCA